AUGAAAAUUCCAUGCAAACCAGUUCUAACUCAACAUAGGAACCUUUCAGUACUGUCCAACAUCCAUUUCAUUUUACUACUCUACUAAAACUCUAGCUAGUUAAUCAAGCAAUGGCCCGAAAAUACGCAGUUGCUGCUGCCUUGGUUUUGCUCUUUGUUGGCCUGAUGGCGCCUCCUGCUGCUGCUGCCCGGAAUCAGGAUGGUCUCUUAAGCGGUAUUUUAGGGAGUGGUGGGCGUUUGUUGAAUAUCCAAGGGAUACUUUACUGUACCCUCAAUGGCACUACUGGUCUCCUUGGCUCUGCCACACCAGUGUUCUCCGGUGCUGUGGUUCAAUUAAAGUGUGCAGCUGGAAAUAUAGUUUCGAGUACAACAACAGAUGCCAAUGGUGCAUUUUCCAUACUCUUGAAUCCACUUCAGUUUGUUCUGUCAAAUGUCCUACAGCAAUGCAAAAUAGUCGUCCCUACGCCACUCUCCAACUGCGACUCCACUCUCCCAGCCGUUGGAGGUCUGGUCUCCCAAUUACAGAUUGUUGGAAGUAUUCUUCUUGGCCUUCUCAACGUUCUAAAUGUGAUCCCGUCAGGUUUCAGUUUCUACCAGGUGCUCUGAUGAGCUACGCACAAUUACAAAGUGUUGCGAAUAUUAUCAAUAUAUCAUAUCCAUGAUGAAGUUGUAAGAAUUACUCUGUACUUUAUGAUAUCUGCCAACAGCAAUAAAACAAAAUAAAUUGGCUUA